GGCUCGGCUCCAUGCCGCGGCGGCCGGCAUGCCCAGCCUGCUGCCGCCCUUCCUCGCCCUGCUCUGCCUCGGGGCGCCGGCGCCCGCCCUGAAGGCACCGCCCGCCGCGGGGCCAGACGGGUCCGGGUCGGAAGAGCCGUGGUGCCCCUACAAGGUGGGGGCCGAGGGAGCUGCGGGGGGGCGGCUGUGCUUCCGCACGCCGGCCCGCGGCUUCCAGUGCCAGGCGCGGGCCUGCCGCGCUCACCGCUCUCCGGGCGGCGCGCUGGUGGCCAACGUGCUGCGCAACGGCAGCGUGCUGCUGCAGUGGGGGCCGCCGCGCCCCGCCGCCGGCCUCCGCGGCUUCGCGCUCAACUGCUCCUGGGACGGCACCUACACGCGUUUCCCCUGCGACAGCGUGGAGCUGGGCGCCGCCUGCCGCGACUACCUGCUGCCCGAGGCGCACGGCAGCGUGCGCUACCGCCUCUGCCUGCAGCCGCGCUACGCGCCGCCGCGCCCCGCGCCGCCCGCACAGUGCGUGGAGUUCCGCGUGGAGCCGGCCGCCAUGCGGGACAUCGUCGUCGCCAUGACGGCCGUGGGGGGCUCCAUCUGCGUCAUGCUCGUCUUCAUCUGCCUCCUGGUGGCCUACAUCACCGAGAACCUCAUGAGCCCGGCGCUGGCCGGGGCCGCGGCCGCCGCUCCGCGCCGCGCUUAGCCCGCAGCGCUGCCCGGGAGCGGAGCGGCUCUCCUCGGAGCUCGUCCAGGGGACGGCACGGGGCGGGGGGGGGUGGCUCCAAACUGCGCUCGCAGCCAGGGCUUUCCAUUCCCAAACUUGCAGGAUUUGGGUUUUCCUCACUAUUCGGAGCUUUUCUUCCUCGCAGGGUGGCUUUUUAGCCCUACGUGGUUCCUGAACUCGGUGGAUUGAACGUAAAAGGUCCACAAGUGCCAGGGAAAUGUGUGUUUUUAAAUCAAGCAGCAGAUCUCACAGAGGGCCUGCUUGAGAAGACAACAGAACACCCCAGUUUUAAGCCUGAAUCUCCUCGCUUGUAGACAUGCGCUUGAAUUUUUUCCUGAUGGGAAAUGUUGUGUAAAGGCUGUGGGAGAACAGACCGGUUCCCACACAUAGCUAAGUGGGUGUUUGAUCCAAAGCCCACCUAAAUCUUGUGACUUAAGUGGGUUUUGUAUCGUGCCUUAUGCUGCUGACAAAUUCUGGGACCUGGGCUGGCUGCUGUCCGAAACAACAGGGGUUUUCUGGUCAGCUUGAGCGACCAUCAGCAUCUUACACCUACUCAACCCGCUUUUCUCCCAUUAGAACUGUCAUAGCAGUAGUUUUCACAAAGGGCAACGCUAAAGGGAUAAAUUUAGCCUGAAAAUUCUGUUUUGUUGUGCAAGUAUAAUCUGAUUCUUAAUUAUAAAGUAAGUACAGUGUGAGCACCAUCACUGCCCUCCAACAUCCCACCUCUUAGGAAUGCUGCGUGCAGCUGCGCUGACCUAACAGCAUCUUAAACACAGAACUCAGUGAUGUUGUAGCCCAGCGUUUUGAGCGUAGGAACACUCCCUGUUACCUGCUCACCUAAUGCUGUAGUAAGUAAGGUUUUAGCCAUACUCUAGUAUUAAUUCUAUUGUGCCUUAGUGCUGAAAAUUUGUCCCCUUUAUAGCAGUAUCUCUGUUCUUGUAGUCUUCAUAGACAACUGUAUCUCCCCUGGUGUUCUUGUCUCUGAAACUAGUGGUUGUUGGUUGUUCGGUUGCUUGGGGUUUAAAACCCACAAACUUAGGCUGAUCAUUACUUGAACUUUAAUAUAUACCCAAAAUAGAACCGGUUACUAUCUGAGAGGUAUUUAUUUAGUGAGCUAGUUUUUACUAAGUGUUGUUUGUGUGUAGUUGACUGCUGUAACAGAAAAUGACUUUUUAUCAGCAAGCACCUAAAGCUAAAGUAGGGGAACAGCUUUUCUGUAAAGGGGUACUGUUAUUAAAAUACGUCAGUAUUGUAUGCAAUCUGUUUGUGUAAAUGUUCAUCCCUGGUGAAUGACCCCCGUGCUUCUCUUUGUGAAAGUAGUUUGUGAAGUAGAAACUUGCUAGUAGAGGGUAAAUAUAGAAAGUGUAUGGAAUCCUUCACCAAAUGCAGUAUUUGUACUAAUAAUCCCUUCAAUAAUGUGAGAGUGGCUGAGAAACCGAAGGUCUAUGUUUCAUCAGGCAAAAAUACCUUUUACUCAUGCAUUAUUCUUGCUUUGUUUUCUUUCUCACAUGCAGCUGACUCUAAAUUUAACAGUGUUCUCUCUGUAUUAACUCGCUGAUGUACUUGAUUUAAGCAAUAUCGAGCAACGUGGCAACAGGAGGAUGGUGUCCUUCAUUGCUAUUGAAGGACAAUGUCAUCAUUUUUACAUGAAGACAAAUUGUACCUAGUGGUUUUGUUCAAUGGAUUUAAACACAGAGUAACUUUGGGGCAAAGGUCUUGGGUCAGUCUUUCCUGUAGCCAGUUCUGCACAGGGCUAUUAGAGCAGCACUGAUUUUGUAUAUCUCUGUCAGCUUCUGUCAACCAAACAUUACUGUUCUGUUCUUCAUCUUGUUGUGAACUGCCAGAUGUGAAAAUGAAAUGUAUAAACAAUGAGCUUUGUACCACCUUGGCAUUCACCUUAAUAAAUGAAGAGAAUAAUGAAAAGAAAUGAAGACAUCACAAAUAUUUAAUGGUU